GAAACCAAACGACAGUGUAAGCAGACGGAAACCAAUUUCCGAAGACACUUCAAACCAAAUGUUUCCCUCUUGAAAUAUCUGAAUUACCAGGGCGUAAGGGGAGCGGAGGAGGUCGAUGAAUAGUGGUGCGCCCUGUGAGAAAAUGCAUGGAAAUCGAGGGAUGAAAAGGAAUUCGCCAGGAUGUGUUACGUAACGCCAGUUGAGUAUCUGCAGUGUAAGCGGGAGCACGUGUUGUCCAGUUCACGAAGUACACAAUAAACAACAACAACGUGUUUACGGUCGUAAACAACACAACUUUUUUGGACUCUGACUUCAACACUUGAAUUUGAAUACUGAUACAAAAAUGAGUGCACGGCCCGCAGCCGCCGGCGCUCGUGCGAAGAAACAAAACCAUGCAAACAUCCCGUGCCCAAUCGAAGACUGCGCGCGCUUCACCUACGGCAAACUCCCCGAUCACUUGACCAAAAUCCACGGCAUCACUGGACCUGACAGAGAUGCACUCAACGAACAACAAAGAAAGAGAUUUUUCAACGGAGAACUCUGCCAAGUCCGGUAUUUGAAAGAGACAGCAAUACGAGACCUUUGGGGUGCCGAUUACGACGAUCCACGAAUCCGGGCAAAGAUACACCAGAGCUACGGUCUUGUGAAGAUUAGAAUUAUUCCGUUAGCUGCUUCUCAACGCGCUCGCCCUUUGACAGAACAAGAUGCGAACGUUUUAACAGCGUACAAUGCUAGAACUGCUCCACGACCUGCUCGCGUUCAGAAAUCCAGAGCACGACCAACACCGUAUUCAAUACCAGCAGCUGUUCCAAUUGAAAGACGAAUAUCAAGCGAGUCGAGUGAAGAAGAAACCCCUCGUAACUCUCUCCCACCGUCGCCUCCACCAUCAUCACCCUCCCUACCACCAUCUCCGGCGCCAUAUGAACUCCAGCCAGUGGAGACACGCUUGCGAGACAUAUUCGAUUCCAAAAUCGAUGCUGGAUACAAAGCGGUUAUUGAUGACAUGAAGAAAUCCAUGUCAAUGGGCCGGACGCUCGGUACGAGGAAGCGCAAAGCUUAUCGAACUUACCGACGUUAUGCUAAACGUUUGAUCGCUUAUCUACAUCGACAGCACUCACCUUUAGCUUACGAUGUCGACGUCUUACUCUGUGGAGAGAGACAAGUUUGCGCGUUCUUGGAGAGAAUCAGUGGAGAGCACAAAACGAAAACGUUGCGGAACUACAUAGUUGCUGCAAUCAAACUUCUCGAUUCUCGACUAUUUGCUAUCGAGACUGAUCCGUCUAGCAAAGAAAAAGUGGCAUCCAUGACGCGUGUAUACGAUGUCCUACACGCUAAACUGAAUGCUUGCGACAGGUUACUUGCCCAAAAGGAAUCUCCCUCAAAAAAGGACUUCAGUACCUUCGACAGCGACCCUAUGGAUCAAAGUUUCAACGAAAGCUAUGAUGAUCUAGUGUAAAAAGCUGCAUUGUAUUGAAGUUUAAUGUAUAUCUUAAUGUGAUAUUGUGAAAAUAUUUUCCAAAUUUUGUCGUGUUUUAGCGUCGGACAGUAUUAAAAAUACAGUGCUUUUCUCUAG